UCGUAAUUCACAUCCCUUUCUUCUACCCACGUACUUUUAAAUCCCUGAAUCUAUAUCCGGCCACCACUCCCUCGUUUAGACACCAAUUAAGAGGUAAGUCGGUUACAACGGCUUGGUAACAAAGCAGUUAUUUCUGGUCUAAAUCAUUUGAUAAUAUAAAGGUCGUGUCGGAGGUGUUAUGCCAGCUCUAAUCCGCAAAAUAUUAAUUUGAUAAUCGAAGAGAGAAAGAAAUCAAGCAGAGGGAGAGAAACUGAAAUUGAAAUUUGAAAUCAAGAAAUAUAAGAGAAAGGAGAUGUCGUCAUCAUCAUCGUCGGUGCAGGAGUAUCUAGAGAAACACAUGCUUUCACGUAAAAUAGAAGAUGCCGUGAAUGCUGCUGUUAGGGCUAAAACUCCUGAUCCAGUUCUCUUCAUUUCAAAUCAUAUGAAGAAAGGGGUUCAAUCUGUAAUAACAAAAGUGAAAGCUAGGCAGAUACUUGAUAGCAGAGGGAUUCCAACUGUCGAAGUUGAUUUGUACACUAAUAAAGGAAUGUUUCGUGCUUCCGCUCCGAGCGCUGCCCCCUCUGGACUGUAUGAGGCUAUCGAGUUACGUGAUGGUGACAAAGGGACAUAUCUGGGUAAUGGUGUUACUAGAGCCGUUAGAAAUAUAAAUGAUAAGAUAUCUGAAGCUAUUAUUGGCAUGGAUCCUACCCUUCAAAAUCAAAUUGAUCAGGCCAUGAUUGACUUGGACAAGACUGAGAAGAAGGGUGAACUCGGUGGAAAUGCAAUUUUAGCUGUUUCUAUUGCUGCUUGCAAAGCUGGUGCUGCCGAGAAGGAGGUUCCACUUUACAAACAUAUUGCUGAUCUUUCUGGCAAAGGAACCAAUGUUCUUCUUCCUGUCCCUGCCUUCACUUUAAUAAGUGGUGGCAAACAUGCUGCCAACAAUUUGGCUAUAAGAGACAUAUUGAUUCUUCCAAUCGGAGCAAGGAGGUUUGAAGAGGCAAUGCAGAUGGGAUCUGAGACGUAUCAUCACUUGAAGGCUGUUAUUACCGAGAAAUAUGGUGCACAUCAAUGCAAUGUUGGUGAAGAUGGCGGUUUUGCUCCUGACAUAUCAAGCUGUAGAGAAGCACUUGAGCUUGUUAAGGAGGCCAUAGACAGAACAGGGUAUAACGAUAAAAUUAAGAUUGCGAUGGAUGUUGCUGCUACUGAUUUUUGCAUAGGUACAAAGUAUGAUUUAGAUUACAAAUCUCCUAAUAGGUCUGGACAAAACUUCAAGUCAGGAGAAGAUAUGGUUGAGAUGUAUAAAGAACUAUGUAAUGACUAUCCUAUUGUGUCGAUUGAAGAUCCAUUUGAUAUGGAGGACUGGGAACAAGUCAAAUACUUUUCUGGGCUUGGAAUCUGCCAGGUUGUGGGAGAUGGCUUGCUCAUGUCAAAUUCCAAGCGUAUUGAAAGAGCCAUCCAUGAACAUGCUUGUAAUGCCCUUCUUCUUAAGAUAAACCAAAUUGGGACAGUGACAGAAGCAAUUGAAGUUGUGAAAAUGGCAAAGGAUGCACAAUGGGGGGUUGUAAUAUCCCAAAGAAGUGGAGAAACCAAUGAUUCUUUCAUUGCUGAUCUCUCGGUUGGCCUUGCCACAGGUCAGAUAAAAGCAGGCGCGCCUUGCCGAGGCGAACGAUUAGCCAAAUACAAUCAGUUGAUCAGAAUCGAGGAAGAACUUGGUGAUCAAGCUAGUUAUGUUGGUGAUGAUUGGAGGCAGUCAUGAUCCCUCUUUUCCCAAAGAAAAUGAAGCAAAGAGAAAGAAGUAAAAGAACCGCUAAAUUAUUAUUCAUUUACAUAGAAAGCACUACCAAUUUUGUAGAAAUAUUUGAGAGAUGGAUUGUAAGUGUGAUUGUAACUUUGGAAACUAAACUAUUGUUAUGUCUCUCUAAUGUAUUUACCACAUAAAUUUUCUUACA